UUUCUGGCUUUUUUUUUUUUUUUUUUUUUUUUUUUUUUUUUUUUUUUUUUUUUUUUUUUUUACCUUGUUUGCUUUUUUACUUGUUAGCUUGUUCUGGAGACAGGGAGAAGAACGUGCUCAGUAAACAGAUGAAGAUGUGACAGUAUCUUUAAAAAAUACCGAACAUGGAAAAGCCCUCACAGAGUAGAAAGAUGACGGAGUCAGGUGACUCACUGUCUUUCACUUUACCAAACCCAUACGUUUCUGAGCAAAUGACUAGAGGCAGUCAGGUCAGAGCCCAAAGAUGACAAGGAGAGAAGCAGGAGACACAGUGAUGAGUCAAAGCUUCAAUGCCCGUCUUAGUGUUGGAGAGCACAGAGAUGAGUUUCUACAGAGAAACAGAUCAACAACCAAGGCAACAAAAUUCAGCAGAGAACAAAGAGCAGUGGUCAGAAACACCACAAGCACACAGAAAACAGGUUCUGGAGUUGCAAGACCUGCAGGAACUUCAAAACCAGCAUUGGACAACUGGAUCCCAUUUGAAGUGAAUAUGUCAGAUUUCCCACAACUGUCAGAUGUUCCCGUUCCUUGUGCUUCAACAACGCCAAUUCUUGAUCAGAAAGAGUACUCCGGGAAGUCUAUGAGGAGAUCACAAACACCUCCCGGUAAAUCGCCAAACAACUCUAAGACACACCCACCUGAAAUCUUACCAGGUCAGACAAUAGUGAGCUCAUGGGCCAAUGUUGCCUCUCAGCCUCCGAAGAAACCUGUUUCUCAGGAGAAGACAGUGAGCAGCACUUUCCAGAAGCAUGGAGAAAAGCAGCAACAUUUUCAAAAGGAAGAUACAACUGUGACACAGGAAAAUGCCACUGCAGGAAAGAAAAAGCGGAGAAAAAAGAAGAAAAAGAACAAAAUGGCUGUUGAUGAAGAAGAAGAAGAAUCAGAUAUUGUAGUCAUCCACCAGAAGCCUCCCAAGUUUGAGGAUGAAGAGGAGUUUCCAGGUUUAGGUCCUGUUGUACAAAGAAGCGCUGCUGCAAAAGAAAACCAUAUGGCAGGAAAACAGCUUGAGCAGAGCAAAGACAGAUCUUCAGUUUCUUUGGAGAUUGUUAAAAAAGCACAGAAAACAGAGAAGGUCAGUGGUAAAAAAAGUAAAGUUCCUGUUCAGCUGGACAUUGGGAACAUGCUGGAGGUUCUGGAGAAAAAGCAGCAGCAGUCGCACAAAGACAAACCUGUUGUUCUGUCGGUUGGUGGAGGACUUCCUGUUGUCCACAAGGCAUCAAUGACACAGAAAAAGCCAGAAAAGUUUGCACACAAUCCACUGGACUCGACCAGUCCACUGGUAAAGAAAGGAAAACAGAGAGAGGUGCCCAAACCCAAAAAACCUACCGCCUUGAAGAAGGUCAUUCUAAAAGAACGGGAGGAGAGGAAACAGCGCCGCCUGAUGGAGGAGAGAGGUGAGACAGCGGAGGAGCCUGAAGAAGGAAGUGAUGAGGGAGAAGAGAGUGUCACAAACAACACCGAGGAGUGUGCGAGUUUGACACAAGAACCUGAAGAGCAGCCCAAUGUUCAUGAUCCAAACCUUAGUCAAGGAGAAGAAAAUGGUUCCUGCAGCUUCAACAAAGUUAAAAUCCACAGCAGGCGUUUCAGAGAUUACUGCAGUCAGAUGCUGAGCAGAGACGUGGAUGAUUGUGUGACAACUCUGCUGAAGGAACUGGUUCGAUUCCAGGACCGUCUGUACCAAAAGGACCCAAUGAAGGCUCGUAUGAAGCGUCGUAUCGUGAUGGGUCUGAGGGAGGUUCUGAAACACCUGAAACUCCGCAAGCUUAAAUGUGUCAUUAUUUCGCCAAAUUGUGAGCGAAUUGAAUCCAAAGGUGGUCUGGAUGAGGCGCUUCACAGCAUUAUUGACACGUGUCGGGAGCAGGAAGUGCCGUUUGUUUUCGCUCUAAAGAGGAAAACCUUGGGUCGCUGCGUUAACAAAGCUGUGCCUGUCAGUGUGGUGGGCAUUUUUAACUAUGAUGGUGCUCAGGACUUUUACCAUCAGAUGAUCGCAUUGUCGUCUGAGGCCAGGACAGCAUAUGAAGUGAUGUUGUCCAGUCUGGAGGCAGAGAUGGAGGAAAGCCCCCAGAAUAAGGAGACGGAGACCGAGAUAGUGGUUGGAUGCCAGGCUGAAGAGUUGGAGCUUCAGAUAAAGAGUCAAGAUGAGGAGGAGGACCUUCGUCCAAACAUCCCCAGUCUAGAGGAACCGGAGUACAUGAAACUUUGGAGGGAAAUGAUGAAGAAUCAUCGAGAGAUGUUGAGCUUGGACCAGAACUGUGAACAAAGUACAGAAGUUAAAGAAGAAAAUUCAUCUCUGCUAUAAAAUUAAUGGCAUUGGGGAAAAAAGGACUUCAAACACAUGGUGAAGUUGAUGUCAUAGAAAUGUACGAUAAUUAUCCAAUCAGUUAGGUGACCGAUACCAAGGUGAUGCCAAUCAUUUCGGGGGUUGCUGUGAUGACAGUGUGACAUCACAGGUUACAGUAUAUACACGGAGUCCUCGGUUUACGACUACCAUCUUCCAUAAAUGUAUUAAAAAAGUACAAAGUUAAAAUUUAUAUUUUACGUGGGACAUUGGACAUUGGUAGGCGAGUAGAGUGGAUAAAUACAUUGACACGUGGCGCUAUACCUGUAUGCCGUAGACGGCUUUGUUUACAUUUGCCUGUUGUACGCCAUACAUUCGAUUGUGCUACAUUCACAUUCUUUCGUUUUUGUUUUGUUUUUUGGAAACUUUUGCCCUUUAUUAUUGCUCCCAGGUGUAAGUCAGUGAGUGACAUAAGUACUGAUGUUUAGUAGGUAAAUUUGGACCUAAAAAUGGAGUUACACCGUAGGAAUGGAACUCCUAUGUAAGUGGAGGACUCCCUGUAUAUAUAUAUAUAUACACACACAGCUUCUAUGUCAGGUGCUUCUGCUGUGACCCUGAUACUGCUCUGGACUGCACUUCCUUUAUUAUCAAUGAAGUGAAGAUUCUCUUUGUCUAUGGUCAGUUCUGAUGUCAUUUAAAAAAUGUGAAGCACACAGUUGUCCAGAGCUGCAGCCUGUUUCUAUGAAACAUGUUUCUACACUUUGAAGAAAUGCUUUUAUUUGUCUAUAACAAUAAAAAUCAUUUCAUGUAUCAAAAAA